AUGAGCUCCCCUGCUUCGUCGGAUUGCAGCCUGGAGAGCGGUGAGUGGAACGAUGAGGACCAGUCGUUCUACUUUGAUACCCGUCCGACGCCGUAUGAGUGCUUUGAUCCGGAUCAAUCAUUCGAAGGCUACCAACACAUCCUUACGACCCCGCGUGUCAUUCAAGGGGCGUCCGGGGCACCCUCAACGGCAGAGCCUCUGGGUAGCAUUCGCGAGGUCGAGGAGCAGGCACAGCACGCUCAGCAGCAGCGCGUGGAACGACAUUGCUUCAACUGCGGCGAAGGCAAUCACGCCGUGGCGCAAUGUCGUCAUCCCAAGGACCCCGAGCGCAUCCGCCGGAGUCGACUCGAAUUCAACGAAAGCAAAGCCGGGUGCGAUGACGACGCGACUGGCGACAUGAAUGCACACGCAAGAUUGCAUGAACAGAUUGCGUGGGUGGAGCAAAGACUUCGAUGGCUGGACGAGUUUGUGCCAGGCAAGCCCAGCCCAGCCCUUAUUGAUGCACUUUCCUGGCCUUCAGACGGUGAUAGUAGGGAAGAUGGGUACGGUGGGUCAGCAGCAAAUUUGCCUUACCUGCACAGGAUGCUCCUGUGGGGGUAUCCACCCGGCUGGGUGUCGUCGGAGGAUCCGAUCGAGCAAGUCAGACAGCGGAUUCAGGUCGAUUCUCAAUGGAGUUCUCUCGACGUGUUGGGUGGCUUCGAUGUUGCACCUUUGGGAGCAAGUCAGCGCCAUACGUCAGCAGAGAUAUCUGCCAAGACAGCACCGGACGGAAAUGCUGGCACCAAGCCAAGGAGAUGGGUCGACUAUCGGACCGAUCUGUUCGACAGCCAGAGGCUGCAGACGUUCGAUACCUCGUUUCGCGCGCCUCUGCCCAAGAUGCCAAAACAAAAGGUCAAUCCUCUUCCGACCGGACGGGAUCAGCCAGGGAUUGGUAGACGCUCUCCAUCUUCCAGGGGCGUGCCGCAAACACGGAUUGAAGGGGCGUCAGAGCGGUCCCGGAAGACCGAGGAAGAGGAUCGGGCCGCUCUGUGGAAUCGAUUGCUGUCCGAGCGAUCUCCUUCGCCGCCUGAUCACCAUGUCGCCAGGGAAUCGAGACGGGCACCCGCGCAUAUCGAUCGCCACCACCCAUAUGCAUCUCCUUCUCGUUCUGUGCCAGCACCACCACCACCGUCCGAGCCUGCUCCCUUACCUCCCUCUCCCCCUCCCCCAGCACCGUCCUUGUCCCACCCUUCAUCACCUCCAGCCCGGAUUCAACGACAACUGUCUCCAAUCCAAAGCACUCCAAUGUAA